AUCUGGACAGCACCUAUAGUCCAUAAGCAAUCAUGUCCUCACAUCCCCAGAUAAAGAUGAUGAUAAUGAAUAUUGGUAGAUAUAGUGAUGAUAUGCUUUCAUUGACUUUAGUAAUAAUGAUGAUAAUGAUAAUUAUGAUUAAUGAAGGUGAUUAUAAGUACUGAUAAUAACUUUGCAUUGUCAGCCCACCCUGCAUAUAUUUUGAUGUUAUAUUUAAUCAGCUUCUCUGAUCCAUUUAUGCAUGCUUUGCUUGAUUUCAAUAAAAAAAAAUCUCCAAAAUUUGCUCUGACCACAGAUAUUUAAGUUACAAGUAGCCUGCCAUUUAGAGGUUAAUACUUGAAUGUCAGCAGUAAUAUAUACAGUUUGUAAAAGUCAUACUUAGACAAUAGAAUCAAGGACAUAAAAUUUCAGCACAUUGCUUAGCCUUUGUCAGAGAAAUUGAUGUGUAAUGUAGAUACUUACUAGACACAGACUAGCACUGCACCACACAGUGUGAGUGACUGCAGUCUACCUAGUAGUAUGUGCUGUGAGGUUCUGUGUGUAAAAUGGUAUUUGUUUAGCAUGGGGAGACAGCGCUGCACAUCGCAGUUUGGCACGGCUUCCCACGCAUUGUCCACCAUCUGUGCUCAGCAGCAGCAAAUACGGAACUCACAGAUAAGGAAAACCAGACACCCCUUCAUGUGGCAAGUGGGCGAGGUCAUGUGGAAUGUGUGCGAGGAUUGGUAGGUGCCGGUGCCUGUGUUGAUUGUCAGGAUGCCCACGGUGCGACACCGCUGCACCAUUCCCUUGCCCGACACCACACUCAGGCUGCUAUGAUUCUCCUCCAUGCUGGUGCAAAUACUGAUAUAACUGAUGAUCUAGGAGAGACUCCAAUUCACAUAGUGGCGAGGGAAGGUCUCCUUGCUCUGGCUCAGACUUUGUGUGCCUUUGGCUGUAGUGUUGAUGUUUCAAAUAAGGCUGGGCUGUAUCCCCUUCACCUUGCAGCAAAGCAUGGGCACACAGAGCUUGUUAGGUGCUUGUGCUUGGCUGGGUGCACAGUGGAGCAGAAGAGCCGAGAUGGAAUUCUGGCGGAGGUGUCUGCAAUGGCCCAAGGCUAUGAUGAUAUUGCAGAUCUGCUAAACAAGCUCAGAGGGGAACAACAACGGGAGGAAUACAUCCAGCAACUCAUUCCAAGUCCAUCCCCCAUUCAGCGGAUUAAGGUGAAGAUCCUUGGACACUCAGGCUCAGGGAAGAGUGCUCUUGUUGAGACGCUUAAGACAGGAUACUUCUCUUCAUUUUUCCGAAGGAGCAAAAGCAAUGCAUCUUCAACUUCUAUAGGGUCAGCUGGGAAGAGUACAUCUGCAAUGAAAGGCCAUUUUGAGAUGGAGUCUCCAGUGAGCUCACGUCAAAACUCUCUUACCUUUGAACCUUGUGAAAAUUACACAAGAGGGAUAGAUGUGCAACAAGUCAAUAUUUCAGGUGUAGGAGAACUGUCCUUAUGGGAAUUUUCUGGCCAUGAAGCAUAUUUCCCUGUGUAUGAUCAUUUUAUUGGCAACACUUCCUGUGUUCAUCUCAUUGUGUUCCCACUCAACCAACCAUUUGAUGUGCAGCUACAACAGUGUUCUUUUUGGAUGUCUUUCCUGCAAGCACGCAUUCCACCUAUGGAACCCCUUAAUGUUCGAGGGAAACCUAGCAAGGCAGCCAAAGUGGCCCUAAUUGGCACUCAUGCUGAUGUGGCCCAGUGUCAUCGUAAUGCCCAAGGGGAAUAUAUUGCUCCACAAGUGCAUCUGCUACAGGAAAAGCUGCUUGACCUCUUUGGUGAUGUGUUUGAAGUCCAUGACACUGUGUAUGUGAUGGAUGCAACUGCACCUGGAUCAGCCGCCUGUCGUGCUCUCAAACAGUAUCUUGCAGAUUGUAAGGCCAAGGUCACUCAGGGCUGGAGUGGAGCCAGUGUGGCGUAUGCUGUUGGGGCAGCUGUUAGCGGUGACGGGUAUACGAUCCUGCAGCCUGAUGCGUGCGAGGGUGUACCAAAGGUGACAGGUUUCUUAGGAGCUGUGGUGAGCACACUGGCAGAUUGGCGUGCUUCCCUGGGAGAAUUUCCAGUAGUGUCUUGGCCACAGUUUGUGGAUGUGACUCACCAGCGGGUCAAUCCUCUGGCUGGGGAAGAACACUUACGAGAGGUUGUGCAACAGCUUCAGCUUAUGGGAGAGGUGGUCUACCUCAAGGCAGAAGCUCAGGACCUUGUUGUUUUGGAUCCAUCUUGGCUCACACAUCAUCAACUGGGGCAUCUCCUAUCAACACAGUAUGCCCAGCAUGCUCGUGUCACAGGAUGUUAUACUGUUGAUGACUUCCAAAUGAGUUUCCCAGAGUGUGAUGCAUUGGAUCUGUUGCAAGUUCUUGAAGCUUUGCACUUAUGCACACAGUGUGACAAUGAUGGUGAAAUAGAAUAUGAAUUUCCCUGCUUCAACCAAGUGGAGACCCUUGAUGGCUUGUGGGAAAAAGGAGACCCUCGAUAUACCAAUGGAGUUUAUGGUGGUGUGCGGCUUAGGUCACCAGCACCCACACAAUAUAUUCUUCCACCUAUCUACAUUCGAAUGCAGGUACAGCUAAGAAGAUCCUGGCAAGAAUACCCAGAGCGAGACACAGACUUGUACCAAUGGUGUGGGGGGUCGAAGUUCUGUUCUGGACCCUUAGAAGCUCUUCUUACGCUAGAGGAAGGAGGCGAGGCAGUUGAGGUUAAAGUCAGGGGUCCACCAGAGGCAGGUCAUGUAGCCUUCUUCUUCAUGGAGGAUCUUUUAGCCAUGAUUGAUCAGGUGCUAGUUGAGAUGUGUCCAGGGCUGGUUUUGGAGAAGCAUGUCCUCAGUGCUGAACAAUUGAGUUCUCAUGCUUCAACAGUGUAUGCUUGGCCGCCAGCUGACAUAUAUACUGCCUUGCUCAGUGGAGGAGUCCGUGCUUCACUCCAAAACCCUCUCACUGACAAGGAGGAGUCAUUCACCCAACUUGUUUGCUUUGGAUCACAGGAAGUUGUGUCAAGCAUUGUUGUGGGUGGUGAGGUGCACAUCUCCAGCCUGUGCACGGUGACUGUCCAACGUUUGGCUGCACUCAUGGACCCUGCACAUCCUCGAGGCUCUGACUGGUGUGUUCUUGCUGUCAAAUUGGGUUUGCAACAACUGUUGCCAUCCCUGGAUACCCAGAGUGGCUCUGCUCAGCAUUCCCCAACAGCAACUCUUUUACAUUCUUGGGGACAGUCAACUACUGCUACUUUAGGCACUCUAGUGAAAGAGCUUAGAGGGAUGGAACGUGAAGAUGCAGCUGUAGCAGUUAUGUGUGGUGCCCCCUUAUACCAGCUAGCUCCCCCUGAUGAGGACACAACGUCAGACUCACCACCUAUUUCUUCCACAUCAGCUACCUCUACUUCCAAUCUCUCCAGAUGAGCACGGACACCACAGGAGUCAUAAGGGUUGAAUUAGUUCCAGAUCAGGAUUGAAGACUGUUAAUGAUGUGUAAUUUCAAUGGCUAAAGAGUUACUUCCCCAAAACAAGCAAAGAAUUUAAUGUACACAAAAGAAAUGGAUUUUUGAAUGUCUUGUGAUAUUUACAUUUCCUGUCGUGCAUAAUGUUUUACAUAAUGUUGAUUAACUUUCCCCUAAGCUUACCCUUACCCCAAGGCUCCUGUGUUUUUAAUGCUAUCAGCACAAAUAUUUAAUAGAUAAUAGAAUGAUCUUAAAUGCAAGUGAAGUACCGAUACCUAAAGUAAGUUGGUAAUUAACUUGCAUCAACUUGAAUAAGAAAAGGCUAGUUAUCUUUCAAAAACUUUUUCUUCAUUUUGUUGUGAUAGUCACAUCUUUGAUAACUGAUAAACUCAUGCUGAUAUCUUAUAAAAGUGCCAAGUCACCUUUAUGAUAUGUGAUCAUGGCUACAUACCUUUAUGACAGGCUUAGAACUAAACAUUUUCCUUCCUCUCAAAAAUUGUAGUUUGGUGUUCUAACUCCAUGUGAUAAUGUAUUUUGUAGAUUAUGAUACUCCUAAAAUCACAGGAUCUGCCCUCCUUUUGAUGAGGUGUUGAUGGAAUAAAAUCAUCAGGUGAAAUUGACUUAGUCAUGUAGAGCUCCUGUAACACACUCACUCUACAUUUUACUUCAUAUUGUGUAGCAUUUGUUGUAAGAUAGAAAUCACCAUUUGUGCUAUAUAAAGCUGUGAAUGCUUUAGUCUUAAUUGUAGUAUUUGCAUGAGUCAAAGCGAACUUUAAUUUAUAUAUUCUUUUUGUAUGAAAUGCUCGAAGUGUUUUUUUUCAAUGAAUAAACAGAUAUGAAUUGCUUUGUUAUACAGAGGUAGGAUAUAUGCCACUUUGGAUGUCAUUCCAUUGUAUUAUUAUGUUUUUAUGUUUUAGAUUGUUGUUAUUGGUGUAGGUGCAUUUAAUUACACCCCUAAAUAAGAAAACACUGGAAGCCCUUGAUAGUUGGCCAGCAUAGCCUUACCAGUCUUGCACAAAGCUACUAGUAUUACUAUGUAGUUGCUUUUUAUAUGGACCCUAGUGGCUGGCUGCUAGUCCUCUGCCAACCCUUUCUUGGGAAUGAUAUGCAGUGUUGGAAAUAGUCAGGAUCCCUCUUUCCCCAAAGGUCUAAUGGCCUUUCUGCCUGGAUGAUAUCUCAGAAAUCUACCACUAACAGUACUGUAGACAGUUCCUGCAAUGGAACUGUUAAUACUGAGAAAUUGUUAACUUUUGAUAUGUGAUAGGACCAAAAAUCAGGAGUUACAGAAAUAAUUCCUAUGAUUAAUUAGCAGAACAUAGAAUCAAACUAUUUAUCUGCAUUUGCUGAGUAGGUAGGGUUAUUAGCAAAAAUGGUAAUCUGGAUACAGAACAGUAGUAAUAUUAGGAAGUGAAGGAGGUACGUGUACUGAAUUUGUGAAGGAAUAUCAGAAAUCAAGAUUUUUAUUUACCAUUGUUUUUUCUCAUACUGACAGCAUUUUUUUCCACUUUUACUUGCAAUGGUUUAAAGUGUAUGGCAGUUUACAGUGUAUAAAGUAUGCUCAUGUCUUUUUGUUAAUAAUUUUCCUCUCUAUUUUUAUUGAUUACUAUGAUACUUUAUUAGGUUCAUUAUAUAUCUGAAUUCACUACUUUUAAAAGCUAUUCUCCAAAAGGUAUUCUUGAAAAAUGACAAGUUUUAAUUACUCAUAUUGUAAAUACUAUAAUUUCUCUGAUGCUGAGAAACCACAAAUAAGGUGAUGGUAUGUAAACACAACUCAUUUUGUUAAUGGAAACAUUAAGGCAGUUUUAAAUGUUUCAGUCUUUUUAAAUAUGCUUUUGAGUUUGUGUUUUUAGGUAGCUAUACCAUUGUUAUUGUUGAGCUGAAGUAUAUUAUUGCCUUGAAUAUUGUUUUGUGAAAAUGCAUUUGUAUAUUGUUUUAGCAUUGUAAAUAUUUGGGGCUAUGAUUACAAAAUACUGUAAGUAGAUGUGUGUUAUAUCACAAAAAAGUAACCAUAUAUCCUAGAUAAUAUUUGUAUGACUUUUGAGAUCUUCAUUCUGUCAGAAAAAAAUGCAACAAAUAUAGUAUGCAGUUUUGACACUGAUCAUUUUUCUAAUGCAACAAUAAUCUUCAUGUUCAAUUUUUUUUUAUAGAUUUAACAUUUUGUGAUAGACAAUUUUCACUUUUCAUUUAAUUUGGUAUCAUAAAGAUCAUAAAAGGUUUUAAAUUAUAUGAUCAAAAUGAAACAAGGAAAUGAGUUAUGUAUGUAUAUUUUUUCCUCUUGAAUGACAAACCUCAGAAAAAUGUACUUAAUGAUGAAGCUGCUUGGAAAAGGGUGAAUGUGAGUUUUGUUUCGGGAGACAAAGGGCGUAUUGCAUGCCUGAGAUGAGGAUGCAACAUUUCUUUGUGAUGUUUCAUGAUUUUUAAAAGUUCUUACAUCUGGUUUUCCUUGUACCCAAGAACAGUUUGGGAAAAGUCACUAACACCAUUUCAAUUUCUAAGAUUUUUUUUCUUUAUCUUUUUAUUUUAUUUAGGUAACUUUAGGUGUAAUACUGUGGUAAAAAGGCUGUUGCUUUUAAAGUGCUGUGAGAAUCUGACUAAGAUUAAGUGUGAAUCAAAAUCACAUGAUGAUGGAUGCUGUAGAAUAAUCAUAUCAAAAAGUAUUAGUUUCCAUUGCUUGUUGACAUUCCAUUAUAUUAGAGUGGUGCGGUUGUCUCUUCAUAGUUGCGUGUGUGGGUGCCAUAUGCACAUAUUUAUUGCUUUUAUACACAUACAUAUUAAAAGAAAAUUUAAGCA